UGUGGCCUACUUAAGAUCACACAGAGGACAGGAGUGAUUUGAGUGAUUUGGACUACAACAGUCAAAAUGAGCAGUUUACUGUUCAACAUGGGAUUUUCUGUCAACUGGAGCUGGUUUGCUGCCUUGUCAUGUCUGCUCUCCAUGGGAGGUGAAGUCUGGUGCGAUUGCACAGACACGGGUAUGCAGAUGGAGGGAGGUAGUUACACACUAACCAAGCAGCUGCAGAAAGGCAGCAUGUUGGUCUACCAGUGUCCUUCAGGCUACUACCCGUACCCCACUUUGGUCCGUCUGUGCCAGCUUGAUAACACCUGGAGACCAGCACCCAAAAGAUUUUCACCUCAGAGAUGCAAGCGUGUUGAAUGCCCAGACCCCAAUGUGCUGGAGUACGGAAAUGUGUCCCCCCCUCAGGAGAAGUACUACGUGGACAAUGAGACCACGUAUGAGUGUUACUCUGGAUAUACAAUGAGAGGCUCAAGCACUCGUGUUUGUUUGCCAAACGGAAAGUGGAGUGGCUCUACUCCCAUCUGUAGCCGUGACUCAGGAGAUCAUUGUGCUGAUCCUGGUAUCCCAGCUGGUGCCUCAAGAACAGGGAACAUAUUUGGAAUUGAUGACAGAGUGAGAUACACCUGCAAUGGCAACCUGUUUUUGGUGGGGUCAAGUGAACGAGUGUGUCAGGAGAACGGCCAGUGGACCGGCAAAGAGCCAGCAUGUUACUACAAACACACCUAUGACACUCCAUUGGAGGUUUCAGAGGCAUUUGGCAGUUCAAUCAAAGACACUCUCACCACUUUAGAGUCAACUGAUGACACACAGGAGGGGAGAAAAAUCAGAAUUCCUAAAAAUGGGACACUUAACAUCUAUAUUGCUGUGGAUAUUUCUGAGAGCAUAGAAAAGGAACACUUCAUUAAUGCAAGAGACGCUGUCACAAAACUUAUUACAAAGAUUUCAUCCUUCAGUGUGACUCCAAACUAUGAAAUCCUUUUUUUCUCUGCCGACAUAAUUGGAGUUGUCAACAUUCUUGAUUUUUUGGAUGGCAAAGCAAUACUAAGUAAUGUUAAGAAUACACUGGAAAAAUUUGAAGUGGGCGACAACAACACAGCAGGAACAGAUCUGAAUGCUGUCUUUGAGCACUUCUUGGAACGAAUGGCUAUUAUAAAGCAACGAGCUGGACCAGAGGGUUUUAAGGAACAUCGUCACGUCCUCAUCGUUUUUACAGACGGUGCUUAUAACAUGGGCGGGUCACCUGAACCCACCGUGAAAAAAAUAAAGAACAUGGUAUACAUGAACCAUACAACUGAAAGAGAGACUCAGUCAAGAGAAGAAUUUCUUGACAUUUAUGUUUUUGCCAUUGGAGCUGAGAUCUAUGAUGACGACCUGCAGCCCCUAACAGCAGGGAUAGGGAAGCAUUACUUCAGAAUGAAGGACAUUGAAAAUCUGCAAGAGACCUUUGACGAAAUAAUUGAUGAAGAAGAAGUUAAGGGUCUAUGUGGUCUUCACAAGGAAUAUGACACGUAUGACAAAGACAGCAAGAGGAAAAUGUAUCCAUGGUGGGCAUACAUUAUUGUCCAGAAUGAAAGACCAAAGAGAUGCCUUGGCUCUCUGGUGAGCCCGAAGUUCAUCUUGACUGCUGCUCACUGCUUCACAUUUGGUGAUUUACCUGAGCACGUCACAGUUGAGAUUAAUGACGAACAGGGCAGAGUGAAAAAAGUAAAAGAUUUCAAAUUACACCCAAACUACAACGUUAAUGCUAAAGCGGAGCUCGGUGUGAAGGAGUUCUAUGACUAUGAUGUGGCUCUCAUCCAACUGGAGAAAGAUGUUCGAAUCUCCAGCUCUGUUAGGCCUAUUUGCAUACCCUGCACCCAGGAGACCAGUGAUGCUCUACAACUGGUUGGUGAAUCCACCUGCAAGCAACAAGAGCAGCUUCUGUUAAAGAAUCAUCUUGAAAAACUAAAUUUCCUGACCAAGAUAGGAGACUCUGUGGAUGAAAAAGAAGUUCACGCCAAACUUGGUGAUAAUAGAGAUGAUUGCAUCAGACAUGCACUACAGGCACCAGGGAUAACGACAGAUAAUCCAAAGGUUCCUGUGACAGAUAACUUCAUGUGCACUGGCGGUCUGACUCCUUUUAGGGAUCAUAUAGCAUGUACAGGCGACUCUGGAGGUGCUGUGUUUAAGAACUAUCAGCAUCGCACAAUACAGGUUGGCAUGGUCAGCUGGGGAACCAAGAAUCUGUGCAAGGCGGGAGGUAUGGUUGAGUCGGUUGAGUCCUCCAGAGAUUUCCAUAUGAAUCUUUUCAGAGUUGUCCCCUUUCUCAAAUCUGUCCUCGGAAACGACACCCAGGACGACUAUGCACCGCUUCAGUUUUUGGAGAACUGAAUGAAUGAAAUUCACACACUGUAUUUAGUUUUGUCAUUUCAGUCAUAUAUGAUAUAUUGUUUAUAUUGUAUGUUUGAAGACACUGGCUUGUGUUAGUUUGCUGAUUGAUCACAGAUGACUGAAUUCAUCCUUCACUCAUUCAGUAUUGAGUGUUUUUUUUUUUUUUUUUUACCAGUCCGAGUUCAGAAUCAUAAGAUACAAAAAAACAAAAAAUAUACAGUUUUCUUCUCCAAGUCAUAGGUGCAUACACGUUCAUAAAAAGACAUCCUCAUUUAAAAACCUGUCUGCAUCACCCAUUUUCAAAAAAAAAGGCACUGUUAUAAUCAUGCACGUAGUUAUCAGUUACGCUUUUCUGUACUUUAUCCAAUCUGCACAUACAUUUAUUCAUCAAGUGAUCACCCAAUAUGUAAAGUUAAUAAAUCAGCAUUAACCUGC